UGUUUUUCAAGACACUUGUAAAAUCUAAAAUUCUACACGCUACGUAGAGAAGCAUCAACCUCAGAAAAAGCUCGGUAUUAAAAUGUACUCUUUCCUUAGUAUAGUGUGGUCAUGUUUGUACAGAUUCAUGGAAUUUGGGUUAUACUGAAGUGUGUGAGAGAGUUUAUAAAAUUGGAGGGACCUUACAGUCCUUGAAAUUCAAAAGAUCUUUAUUGGAGUUCUCAAUUUCCAUGUGUGAACCUAAUUUUUAGGUCUGGCCUGGCUCUGGCUAGUGGAAAACCUACUGAUAUUUCUAGCAAUGUUGGAUUGUGUCUAGAAAGAGAGGUUUACUAAAGUAAAUAAAUGAAUAAUUUUUUUAAGAGGGUAGUCUAUGUGUAAAUGUUUGCCAGUGUAGAAAUGGCAUUACUUACAUUACAGAAUGCAGAGGUGUAAUAGCUAUAAAGAAAGAUAAAUCAGACCCUGGAAGUUGCUCAGGACUUGAAAAAAUGGCAUAAGCAUAUGUACAUUUGGCUUUACAGUGUGGGAUGGCUUGUAGGAUCACAUUGUUCUCUAUGGUUUAUCAUUUCUCUGUAGAAUAUUGGCAUAGCUUUUGGAGAAUGCUGGAUAUGACAAAAUGUGUAAUAAACCUUAUGGAAGCUAAGCUGGCAGACAUCUUAAGAAAAUGGGUACUUUAUCUUUCCAGCAGAAUCAAGUAUGUUCCUAAUAGCCCUGGUAUUUUUAGCAUGUUUUUAAAAGCAUCACUGUUGGGUAAUGCUGCAAAAUACCUCAAAACUAAACCAGUUUGACUGCUUGCAUGUCUUUACCAGGUGCAGACUGUCAAAGAGAUACCCGUAAUAGGUCCAGGUAAGCAUGAAAACAUACUUAUUUUCAAUUUAUUGUGGAGGAGGUUAUGUCACAAAUACAAUAUACUGUUUCAGUAGGAAAAGAUCUCACCAUGGCACCAUCAGGAAGAAAGCAUGGAGGAAAAGCUGGUAAACCAGCACAGGAAGAUCAGACCAUACCUACUUUUGACUUUGAGGAGGAAAGAAAAGAACUGAGUGGAUCAGAGGAAGAUAUUAGAGAAGGUGCUUAUAUGAAAUUUUUAGGACAUUUGUAAAAUGUGAAUUUUAUCACAUUUGUGACUAUCAAAAGAAGGGAAGAAUUUGUGAGUCAGCCAGGGACUGAGCACAGCAUGGUUUGUAAUGCCAAAGACCACUAGGCUCCUACUUUGAUUGGUAAUUUUGAUUGGUAAUUUUCAAAAUAAUACAAAUAUCUAUUUGUGAUUUUUCUUUUUAAAGGUGCAGAAUCACAGUACCUUUUUUACAGUAAAUUCAGAUUGGACUUUUAUAAAUUUUUACAUUAUUUUUAGCUUUCUGAUGAUUGCUCUAUUGUGAGUUGUGAGUAAUGGUGUAGUAGUGGACAGAGAAAGUUAAACUAUUUGGGACGAGGGUAGAGAACUCAAAGCAGUGCCAGCUCCAGUCUGGCCUUGCAGAGGAAUUCACCACAAUGUGCCAGCUCCAGACUCAGAGUUACAGGAGCUGCCUGUGUCACUGAUGGGAACUGACCAGGAGACGUGGUCAAGGAAAUGGCAUUACAGAAAAGUAAUUACACCUCUAAUAACCCCAACAACCAACACAGAAUGUGGUUUUGUAAAUAUUUCUAUACUCCUUCUUAAGGUGACAUACCAGUAAUGGACAAGCAUGGAAAGAAAAGACCUCUGGUGACUACUCAUGUGGUUCCAGAUGAUGUGGGGGGUGAAGUACAGAAUAUGUUGGAGAGAUUUGGAGCUGACAUUAACAAGGCUCUCUUAGCUAAGAGGAAACGAUUAGAAAUGUAUACAAAAGCCUCACUCAAAACCAGUAACCAGAAGAUUGAACACGUUUGGAAAACACAGCAGGAGCAAAGGCAGAAGCUCAAUCAUGAGUUCUCCCAGCAGUUCCUGACUUUAUUUCAGCAGUGGGAUGUAGAUGUGCAAAAGGCAGAGGAGCAGGAAGAAAAACUAGCGAAUAUGCUUCGUCAGCAACAAAAAGUUUUUCAACAGGCAAGAAUAGUUCAAAGCCAGAGACUGAAAACCAUUAAGCAACUCUAUGAGCAAUUCUUAAAGAGCAUGGAAGAGCUGGAGAAGAGCAAUGAAAAUCUUCUGGCUGGUGCCCAAAAUGAACUUCGCAAGGAAAUGGCGAUGUUGCAGAAGAAGAUUAUGAUGGACACUCAACAGCAGGAGAUGGCAACUGUUCGCAAGUCUCUUCAGUCCAUGUUAUUCUGAUGGCUCAAGGGAGGAGCAACUUGUACCUAAGUAACACGAUAUAAGUACAGGCAUUAGAAGGAUGUUGAGAUUUAAAUGUUUCAAGGUUCCUAUUAAACUCUUUCCUGGAUUGUUCUAAUCUUGUCUGUUCAUGUUGAAAGAACAUAUCUUAGUAAACUUCUAUUACUGGGGGGCAGUAUGGACCCCAAACCGUUCACUGUCUGUUCAGUUGAUUUUUAAAAAUUUCAUAACCAUUUCCAAUAGCAUUGGACUGUUUAAAUUGUUUCACUUUUUUUAUACCAAAUUGUAACAAGGGGAAGAAUUAAUGAAACACGCAUUACCCAAAUUGUACAUAAUAACUUGAGACCUUUAGGUACAUUGUGCAAAUAGAAGCAUUUCUAACAAGCUGCAGAUUGUCACAGUUUAAAUUAGUCUGCUGAUAUAUUAGCUGUUAUAAAAAUUCACAGGGUAUGACAUAGCUCAGAUAGAAUUAUUUAAUGAUGUGUAUUAUGGUAAAUUAAAGUAAAUUUUAUUAACUCUUUUGUUAGUCUAGACAUUGUACUAUCUCUGUAUUAGUAUGAGAUUUAUAAACUGCUGUAAUUUGUCCAGAAAAUGGGGGUUUUCUUUAGUUAAAUGAUGAGCUUAAUGUAUCUGCUCAAGUAACGAUAAUUAAACAUUAUGCAUUUUGGGGUCUACUUUCUGUAGAACCACUGCUAGAAGAAAUCUACCUCAUUUAUUUAAUAUAAGCCUUUGAGAUGGAAUAUUAUUUUUUGCAAUUCCAAAUGACUAGCAAUUUAGGGAGGCCUGAAUUUUAAGGGUAAAGCAUUUGUCUUGCACGUCUCUCAUUACAGUAAAUAAGUAUAAACUAAACAAUUGGUUUAGUGCACAUGCAGUUUGUUUUUACAGAAAACCAUUACACCUGAAUAUCUACUUUUGAAAAUUAGAUAGUUGCCAACAUAUUUAAUGCUUUGAUUUAAUACAACAGUAGAUUAAAAAACCAUCCACACACCCACACACACCACAUGUGAUGUUGUCACAACAAUGUGUUUCAAAACCAUAUUUUUCUUCUCAGCCUAUGAGCAUUGUGAGUCAAGUCAUUUGAUGGUGUUCUCCAGGUCUGGAAGCCAGAUCAGCGAUGGCUAACUUGCAUAACUUCAGCUGUGUGGUUAUAACAAGUAUAGAACUUCUUGUUCUGCCCCUGCCAGAAUUCAGGACAGGAGCAAACAUGGGAGUUACACUGCUACACUGAUGCAUGUGGGGAUAAGGGCCUCUAAUGGGUAACUAGUAACAAUGCUGGUUUGUAAUUACUGAGUCUCAGCCCUCCAAGGCCAAUGAGAGGAGACUGUGAAAUAGGUGACAGGUGCUGCUUCAGACCUUCAAUAGGAGGUUAUCUGUUAGCAUUACCUCCUGCUUCUGGUUUUAUUUGUUAGUAUUGAGUCAUGGUUCUGGUAUUCUGAGUGAUUUCUGCAUUAGUUUCCUAUUAUCCACAUACGUCAGUCAUAUCCUCAAAACUACUUACAUCUACUAUGCCUGGACACAGUUUUGACCAUUGUGGAGAACUCACUCAUUUCACUUUUAAGAUGUUGCCUGUGUCUCUUCAUCAGGAGGUUAAUUUGCUUACAGUAUUUAGCCAAAGUAAAAUGGUCAUUAGUAUCUCCUUUUGUAUUUGGCCAUGGCCUGGUUCAGGCUAAAUUCAUGUGCAGAUGCUGUGUCAUUUACAGCCUUGAACAGGAGUAGUAGGAUUUAUUCUGAAUUUAUAUUAGCCACUUUGAGUUAUAGUCCUUUGGCAGUAACUGUUACAGUUCCAGAUCCUCAAAAUGAGCAUUAUGUUCUUCUUAGGCAGGAGGGUGGUGGAUGCUAUUUUAUUUCCUCCAGACCAGCAGACAAUACACCACUUUAAAAGUUCCUAGAAUGCCUCAGGAAGUAUUUUUGAACUAAUAAGCAGGUAGGAAGCUGCAGUGGUAGUAUUUUUAAAACAAACCAUGGCAUUUUUUAUUGGACAGUUCAGGAAGGACUUCAUUAACUCAGAAGCUCAGGUACAUAUCAGCAACUGGAAGGAGUAAUGCACACUUACAUUCAACGGCUUUUUACAUAAACCAUAUUCAAGUAGUACCUCUUGAAAGGAGCUUAAGCUUAUGUAUGGGGUUUGUGUGCAAGUAAUCAAUUUUUCAUUCAGCUUUUCUAUAAUGGCAACAGCCCUCUGGUUAGAUAUAUUAUGUUACCAAGUGAGUUUGUUCUUAAAGGAAGAAAGAAGCUGAUAUUAUACCUGAGUUCCUGUUUUGGAGAGUUUUACAUUAUGGUUCAAUUUGUGCCCUUUUGUUUGGAUAAAGUACAGUAGUAGCUACAAGACAACAGGAUCAACUGUAAGAUAAACGAACACAGAUAGCAAAAAGACCAAAGGGGGAAAUACAGAAUGGUGGGCUUCAGUGCUGGAGCCACAGGCAUUGGAGUUUAUCAGUGAACUUUGUCCUUCACUUGCAUAUGCUUACAGAUACAAGUCAGGGUGCCUAAAGUUAGUCCUCUCCUUACACAGCUAGCUGUAGUCUAGAUAAGGAGGAAGUACAGUGAGACUGUUCUUACUAUGACCACAGAACCAGAAACUGGCCUUGAAAGAAAGUGCAAGUUUAAGUUUCAUGUAGUAGUAGUAGUAGGUUAUGUACUUAGAUACUAGGGAAUGCAUGAAUUCUAAAGGCACUCAUAACAGUACUUUGAAUCAGAAGAAAAUUUUCCUGACCUGUACCUCCUUUAUCUACUGAUCCAACAGCUUGUUCCUUAGAAGUACCAGAGGAGAGACUGAGUGAUUUUUAGGUCAUGGCUGCCUCAUUUUACCAGUCUUAAUAAUGCAGGAUUGAAUUCAUUGGUACAUCUGACAACCACUUCAGAGCAGUUCCAACAAAACUUUAGAACCUAAUGCUACAAGAUUAGACAUUAAAUUUCUCUUCAAAUUCUGGCUGGUAGCACCUUGGUUUGCAUCUACAUUCACCAGAAAAGUACAGAAUUAAAGUUACCUAGCAGGAAAUGGCAACAUUUUCAAAUGUAGUAUUUGUGGUCUGAAACACAGGGAAAUACAUACGGGCUCAAAAGUACAACAGCAUCUGCAGAACUUUGUACCUACUAAUUCUAACAUCUGGUAAUGUCUGAAACACAGUGAACUUUCUCAUAGAACUGUUUUCUUCAAAAGCUUAAUCUGUCUUCCCAAAAACACAGAGGCUGCUUCAUUCCCCUAGCUGCUUCUUCUCUUGUCCUUGACCUAUUU